GAUCGGUGGUUCACAUGCCAAUGCUCCUCCGCCCGCGUCGCCUGCGCACGAUGAAUUGCAGACUUCCGAUAACGCCCGGCCGAAGGAAAGAAAUGGGAUCCAUGCUUCUCUGCAGGGCCCUACCUCAAGGUGGGUCCACAAGCGCGUGGAUCCAAUGUGAUGCGAACGCUGUAAAAACGUGUUGCUUCACCUCUACUAUCUGUUUAAUCUCGGUACCUUGAACUACUCGUCCACCUCGAGCUCCACGUCUGGUUUCUUCCCAUUCUUACUGGGUGCUUCAAGCUCAUCACCAUGGGUCAACGCAUUGCACGUAUCCUUGCUCGCAUUCCCUGCUUCUCAGACCAUGUCUUCCACGACGAGGAGCCCAAGAAUAUCAAAGAGACAAAGGAAACAAAGGACGGCAGCGUCGCUGCAUCAUCGCCUAUUGAUCCCAAUACAACAGUCUACGUUGUGGUCAUGGGACCCACCGGCAGCGGCAAGACAACGUUCAUCAACUUGGCUUCUGGAUCCGAACUCAGAACCGGCUCGGGGCUGGAGAGCUGCACUAAUGAGGUGCAGACGUCUUUGCCAUUCAAAGUCGGGGGGAAACAGGUUGUUGUCCUUGACACUCCUGGAUUCGACGACACGACAAUGACGGACACCGAUGUGUUGAAAAUCAUUUCUGCUUACCUUGUCGCCAUGAACAAACAGGGCGCACGCCUUGUCGGCGUAAUUUACAUGCAGAGAAUCUCCGACCUGAAGAUAGGAGGUUCGGCCCGUCGCGAUUUGAGAAUGUUUCAGGAGCUUUGUGGAGAAGAAGCCUAUGAGAACGUCAUCGUCGUCACGAAUAUGUGGGGCACCGUCUCCGAGGAAGACGGAAUUGCUCGCGAGGGAGAACUUGCCUCCAAGGACAUAUUCUACAAGCCCAUCCUCGACAGAAAAGGCAGAAUGAUGCGCCAUGACAAUACCCAAAAAUCCGCUCACCGUAUCCUCGAGGAACUGGUUCAGAAGGAGCCUAUCGUGCUCCGCAUCCAGCGAGAGCUAGCAGAGGGAUGUUGAUAUAACACAGACAGCUGCAUUCAGGCAACUCGAUCGUGAACUGUCAGAGUUGGCCGCACAACACCAGCAGGAACUGGCGAAGCUGAAGGACGAGAUGGCCCAAGCUGAACAAGAGAUGGACGAGGAGACCCAGAAAGAACUAGCUGAAGAGAAACAGAAGGUUGAAGACGACCUGCGGAAAGCCCAAACACAAGCUUCAAGGCUCGCGUCCGACUACCAGGCAGAAUUACGCAGGAUUGAGGAGAAACUUCACGUAAGGGAGGUCUGAUAGAACCACUGCCGGGCUUUAUACUGGUACUCCUACACUUAGUUCAUUGGUAUGGUCUCCGCUAUGUAAUGUCUUC